AUGAGCGACAGGGCUCAGGCUCGAAACAGGCCAUCUUGGUCUUCAGCCGAGGGCGCGUCGAUACAAAAGGCUCUAUCCCACCAGUCCACUGUUGAAGACUGCGAAGAGAAUGCCAGCCAGUCACCGAGUGAGGGCGGAACUCAGCGUUUAACGCCGACCAGCUCGUCAUCUAAGACGGAUCACACCCCCUCCAACGUCCAACGCACUGUUACGCAGCUUACAUCCAGUGAUAAUGCAGCUACCUCCAAACAGACCGGCAAUAGGAGCAAGAAUAUGAGAGAAACCAGAAACCCUAGAAGCAAAGGAGCACAUCGACCUUCCAGUAUGUCAUUCUCCGGACCCGACCCGAACGCUGUGGCCCAUGACGCGUUCCAGUCUUCCCCAGAAGCGGGCUAUUUCAAGAGUCCACUCAACGGUCGCCAGGCACAGGCAGCUGGAUAUGCACCUUCAGCUGUCGCCGUUGCCAAUUACCCUCAGUCCCCUACCAGUCCUUUAGCUUAUCCAGUUUGGGGGCCAGCGCAUACUCCUGCUGGCUAUCCUCCCCAAGAACCUUUCACACCGCAACAGCCGGGCUUGCCGCACAUAGAUCACCAUUAUCCAUCCAGACUUGCUUUCUCAAAUCAGAGAACUUUGGCAUUGGAGCCUGCCUACCACAGCCAGAAUCAGUCAUACGACCCAGCAUACUCUGAAACACAAGAAGACAUGGCUGCGCAGAACGAUGAUCUGCCAAUUGAGGCUCUCGACGGAUAUGCGGAGAUAGCAGCCAGACUAUCAGGCCAAUGCGAUCCACGACUAAGGCCACUGUAUCGGAAAUUCGAUUGGCUCAACCACCGAGCCCUUCUAUAUUUACAAGAUCAACUAGGAGCGUAUGAAGAAGAGCUUAUACGGUUGGACUCUAUUACUACACGCCAUGGCGGGCACAUGGCUGUCUCCGGGCGAGAAGAGCGGGCUUCCAAUCAUGAUAUUCACCGGAGUAGAAAUCGGCUAAUGGACAAGAUCGACAAUGUUCUUCGCCGGUAUAGACACUUGGUAGUCUCUCUUGAAGAAAUGCAGAAGCUACCAGCACCGACAAGCAAUGAUGUUCAAGCCUACAGAAAUUAUCUUGACAACCGGCAAGUCCUAGUCGAAGAGGAAACGAGGUUUCUUAGAGCACCCGAUCUAGUUGCCUUGUCGCAAGGACCAAGAACGAAUGCUCCCGGAAGUGAUCAAUCAGCGCCUGCUCCACUUGUGCCUCUACGGACGCUAAUCAGCGCAUUCUCCAUGAGUGGACUUUGCCUCGCAGUACUUUUGAUGGUCCUUCCUGAUAUCAUGACUCGUCUAGUCAUGGUGCUAUGCUAUCUCGUUCUUAUAGCAACUGUGCUAUCUACCACUGGGUAUUUGCGCCGGCUGAAACAGCUAUUCGAGGGCUAA